UCAUUUUGGUAAAAAUGCAGUCCACUUGUCAGCAACAACAGGCCCAGCCAGGUCAGAAUGGAACUUCCGCGAGCAGAACAUCGUUUUUGAUAGAAGAUAUCCUGAGUCGUGGAACCGCUCCACCGCAUUCUCAUCAUCAACUUCAUCAUCAGCACCUCACGUCCGGUCACGGAGUACAACAUCAGCAAUACCAGCAAUUCGCCAGUUUAUUACCUGGUUAUCCUUCUGCACCGCCUACGGCAACCUUCUUCCUGGGACCACUUUUUGGUAACACGGCGAUGGGGGUUGGCGUGGUACCGGGAGUUACUGAACUUGCGGCCUUGAAGCACUGCCGUCGACGAAAGGCAAGAACAGUGUUCAGUGAUCAACAAUUAGCGGGUUUGGAAGCUAGAUUCGAGGUGCAGAGGUACCUGAGUACACCGGAGAGGGUAGAGCUCGCGGCGGCUCUUCACCUCUCGGAGACCCAAGUGAAAACGUGGUUUCAAAAUCGGCGGAUGAAGCACAAGAAACAAUUGAGGAAAUUGAACACCAGCGCCGGAAGCAAUGGCAACCAGAAUUCUAAUCAGCAAUGCACCGGUCAAUCCGUUUCCGUUACAUCGCCUGCCGAACGACCGGUGGAUUUCUCUCUGAGCGGCGGGCGAGAAUCACGGGCGAGCAGUGACGCGCCGGUAGACUCCGACGACGAUGAAAUCGACGUUCUAGGUGACGAGACGCCAUCGCCAACGCGAACAGGCAAUAUUCACGUCUCUAGGCGUGCCGGUUCACCGACGAGUUUUCAUCAGAUCACGUAUCGUCAUUCGGUUAGCCUGUCUCAUCAACCCCAACACGGACAAGCUAUUCAACGCCAACAUCGCUGAAACGAAACAGUACAAGGUUGAUAUUGCUCUUUCACACGGGAGAACGUUUAAUCUGAGCUAGUAAAUGCAGACAUUGCAUCGAAGAACGAGAAACCGAGUGAUCGGUCUGAGAAAUUGAAGGAAGAUUUGAGAAGGGAGAACCGAGAGAAAUCACGUGGAUUUUUCUAAACGCUCGAAUCGUUUCUCUCAAAGUGCAGUCAAUCGGUUUAAACAACUGUUAGGAAGUCCUUCGGGAAAUACGAAGAUCCGCAAUGCGAUUUCGAAAGAAUUUCCUCGACGACAUUUUCCAUUAAUUGUGAAAUUUUAUUUAUCGGAGCAAAAUGUUUCUACAGAUUGAUUUAGACAAUUUGAAUAUUUUCAUUUAAGGAACGAGAAGAAUUGACGAUUCUAAACCACCUAGAUCCGACGAUGGAUGAUAAAAGUAAUACUGUCUCGCUUAUCGAACAAGAUUGUUAGGAGGGACUCUUCGUUUUGAACCAGUGACUAAUAGAACAACGUGAAAGAACGUGAAAGAAAUACGAACGACACUUUCAGUGUUAAGAAUGAAUUUGUGAUUGAAGGAAUAGUGUACAAUGAAAUGGUGUAAUAUAAGAAGAUCGAAAGACUCGAGACGAUGUAGAAAGUGUAAACGACUUGUAAAUGACUCUUUAGCGAUUAGAGUCUGGUCGAUCUCUCGCGACACUUUUUAUAGCGAAAUGCCAUAAUAAAGCUAGUCUGUUUCGAGUCACUUUUUAUAGCGAAGUAGAAAGUUAGCUUGUGAUUCAAGUUGGGAUUAAAAUGUCAUGAUGUAA